AUGGCGCCCGCCAAAGCCUCCAAGAACAAGUACUCGGUGAUUCUGCCCACGUACAAUGAGCGUCGAAACCUGCCCAUCAUGACGUGGUUGCUGAACCGCACCUUUACCGAGAGCAACCUCGACUGGGAGCUCAUCAUUGUCGACGACGGCUCGCCCGACGGCACCCAACAAGUCGCCAACCAGCUCGUCAAAGCCUACGCGCCGCACGUAGUCCUCAAGACCCGCGCCGGCAAGCUGGGUCUGGGGACGGCCUACGUCCACGGGCUGCAGUUCGUCACGGGCAACUUUGUCGUCAUCAUGGACGCCGACUUCUCGCACCACCCCAAGUUCAUCCCGCGCAUGGUCGCGCUACAGGAGUCGGGCAACUACGACAUCGUCACGGGCACGCGGUACGCCGGCAACGGCGGCGUCUACGGCUGGGACCUGAAGCGCAAGUUUGUCAGCCGCGGCGCGAACCUGUUCGCCGACACGGUGCUGCGCCCCGGCGUGAGCGACCUGACGGGCAGUUUUCGGCUGUAUAAGAAGAGCGUGCUGGAGAGGGUGAUUGGCAGCACAGAGAGCAAGGGGUACAGCUUCCAGAUGGAGAUGAUGGUCCGCGCCAAGGCCAUGGGGUGCACGGUUGCCGAGGUGCCGAUUUCGUUUGUCGACAGGCUGUACGGCGAGAGCAAGCUCGGCGGUUCGGAAAUUGUCGAGUAUGCCAGGGGCGUGUUUUCACUGUGGCUCAAGGUGUAG